CACGAAUGAGUUAAAUCACGUGAUCAAAUACAAAAGCAUUUCAUCAGCAUUUCCCCAUAGCGAGAUAGUUCCGUAGUAUUUACGGCCAUCUGAAUAAUCUGGAUGGACUGAACUAUCGAGAUGACAGAAGUAACGUCACGGGCUAGACUUCAUUGUAGAAUCGCUUAUUCUUUGUUUGGAAUAGCAAUUGGUGUUUCUGUGUUCGUGAUCUGGUUGACGGUGUUUGAUAAUCGAAAGGAAACGUAUGCAACAGUUACAUAUGGUGGUUUAUCAGGUGUGCUGGCAGCAUGGAAUCUAAUUCUCCACAUCAUGCAUUACCAAGAUUUAUGGAGAACUUGGCUUAAAGGGUUAAGAUUGUUUAUUGGCGGUGGACUCUUAUUCUUGGGCAUCACAGGAAUUUCUUUUGUUACAUUUUUAGUUCUUGCCAUUUAUCUAAAUCAAAGCGACUUGGUACGGAGUUAUUACAUCACAGCUAUAUGGUGCGCUUUGAGUGCCAAAUGGUCUUUUCUAUUGUUUUGGUAUUCUAGAAACUACAGAAACGAAUUCGCAGAUUUAACUGCAUUACUCGAGUUCUAAAACAAAUAAAUUUAUUUAUUUUUGUUCCAAUCAUAAGAGAAGUACCAACUGAAAUAUAUGUGUUUGUUGAUUGUAUUUUCACAGUAUUGUGACUAAAGAUUAAUAUGUUCAUUGGUGCAAGUUAAAAAUUAUAUUUUUUCUGCAUUGCUUGUUACUUUAAGCUGUUGCGUUGAGUCAGGCACCUCUGUGGUGAAAAGUAGUGUAUUUCAUGCUCGUUAAAUUUAUUUUUGUUAUUUAAGAGUGGCUGAAAAUAAUAAAUUGCAGAGGGUAUAACAUUUUCCAUUCAAAAUUGCACAUUUUUUGCUGGAUAAGUCCAUGCUAUACGAUCAAACAAUUUUUAAGCAAUCUUCUACCUUUAAAUUCAUGAAGUAGCAGUAUUUUUUAGGUUGUUUUCAAAAGUACUGAUAACCUAUUAACGUGCAUAUUGCUUUCAACUGCAUUAAUAAAAUUGGUCU